AACAAGGCACCCUCCACACCACACCCAUGGCCUGCUACAACCGCUGCAGUCCCUGCGGACCCACCCCGCUGGCCAACAGCUGCAACGAGCCCUGUGCCCUGCAAUGCCAGAACUCCAGCGUCAUCAUCGACCCUUCCCCCGUGCUGAUCACCCUGCCAGGACCCAUCAUGACCUCCUUCCCUCAGAACACCGCCGUCGGAUCCACCUCCUCUGCUGCUCUGGGCACUGAGCUCAAUGCUCAGGGACAGCCCAUCUCUGGUGGAUUUGGCUUUGGUGGCUUUGGCUACGGCCUGGGAGGCCUGGGCUGCUAUGGCAGAAGGGGCGGCUACAUCUGCUAAGGGCUCUCAGCACCACCCCUGACACCAGCUCCGAGCUCUGGUAACAGCUCCUGCAAGGAAAACAUCUUGGCUGAUGGGAGCCAGCCUUGCACAUUAGACCAGCUCUUCUCAAUUUCUUCAUCUUCUCUCAACAAUUUUUUGCCUCAAUAAACUUCUGUUGCAUCAAAUUCUUACAUGCCUCCUCUCCUCUUUGAAUUCUUCCUCACAUGCUUACCCAGUAGAGCACCAGAAGUCAAUUGGUCAUUGGAGUAGAUGGAAAAUGGCACAACGCAUUUGUUUGUCAAUAUGUCUCUACCAGUAACAACCAAGACCUGUACGGGUGUUGUGGUGUGAUGUCAUAGUUUGU